AUGAGCAAUGCUGAGAUCAUCAGUUCUACAAAUCUUAUAAUUCUGCUGGAGGAUGAAAUCUUUGCAGAUUUUUUCAACACAUUUCUUUCUCUCCCAGUCUUUGGUCAGAUGCCAUUUUACACUGUUGAAAAUGCACAGUGGAGCUUGUGGCCAGAAAUACCAUAUGACUUGAUUGCCAAAUACAAAGGAUUAUUGACCUGGUUGGAAAAAUACAGGUUACCUUUCUUCUGCAAAACCAACUUAUGUUUCCAGUACAUUCUCUGUCAGGAGUUCAUCAGCUUCAUUAACUCCCCAGAAGGAGGUGAAGAGUUGGUGGAUUUCUGGAUCCUUGCUGAGAAGAUCCUGAGCAUAGAUGAGAUGGACUUGGAAUUAAGAGACCACUACCUGUCCCUCCUCCUCGUGUUGAAGGCCACCCAUCUACAGGAGGGCUCCAAGGUGGUGACUCUCUGCAACAUGAACAUCAGGUCCCUCCUGAACCUCUCCAUCUGGCAUCCAAACCAGUCAACCACCAGGAGAGAGAUCCUGAGUCACAUGCAGAAAAUGGCUCUGUUCAAACUCCAGAGCUACUGGCUCCCCAACUUUUAUACCCAUGCCAAAAUGAGCAUGGCCAAGGAAGAAGAGUGCCAGGGUCUGAUGCAAGAAUAUGAGACUCGCCUUUGUAGUGUUUGCUACACCCAUGAAGGAGGCCUCCCUCUGAACAUGAGCAUCAAGAAGAGCCAGUACCACCAGAAGCGCUACUCAAGCAAGAAGAGCAAGAGAAAGCUGUGGCAGUUAAUAGACCACAGCUCUUGGUCUCUGGAAAUGGAGCUGCCAUCCAUUCCCCUUGAGCGAGGCACCACCACUACUUCCCCACAGGAGAUACGUCCUCCAGAAAAGAUGGUUAUACAAGUGCCUUCCCUACAUGAAGCCCAUUCCAAAGAGAAAAUUAUUAGUUCCUUGGACGAGGAUAUUUGUACCAAGAGGUCCUACACAAAGAAGAACGCCAACAGCCACUUCCACAUAGAAGGCCUUUUUGAUACAAAGUUUUCGACCUGCCUGAGGACACUCACCCCCAUCAUCAAUCAUUCCUCCCAGGUAACAAUGAAAAAGGCAAUCAAGCAAAGCCUGUCCUUGGGGUACACUCACUGGGCCUUAUGUGCUGACACCUAUGCAGGAAAUCCUUUCCGAGACCACCUGAAGAAACAGAAUUUGAAAGUGGAGACCCAACUCCUGGACCUCUGGCAGGACCUGGACCAUUUCCUCAGUGUCCUGAUGAGUAACAGGAAGAAUGGGAAUGUCAUCUUUCAACACAUGCUGGGUGACAGGAUAUGUGAGCUCUACCUGAAUGGGAAAAUUCGCCCAUGUGUACCACUCAAGUCACAAACCAUUCAGGGACUGAAGAAGAUGCUGCCUUUGGGGGAUGCGAAUCCCUGGAUUCCCAGAGCCCAGAAAGAGAUUUGCAAGAUGCUCAGUCCCUGGUAUGAUGAAUUCCUGGAAGAAGAGGACUACUGGUUUCUUGUAUUUACAACUCAAAACAGGUUCAUGAACAUCAAGUGGGAUAAAAAAGGAGAGUCUAUGAGCAAAGAAGAGAACAUUCUCCUUUGUAAGAGGAUUCAGGAAGCUCUGAACUUGAGCCAGGGUUUGGCUAACAUGGAGGAAAUGGAUUCUCUGCAGUGGCAAAAGGUAGCUACUGAGAACCUGAGACAAGGCGGGUCUCUCCAGGUAGAACUGAAGUCUCCAGUGUUUCUGACAGACAUAACAAAAAUGUCCUUUGAGGACCUCUGCUAUAAGAAUCCAAAGUUGGCCAUAGAGAAGAUCAGUGAUGAUUACAGAAUAUAUUGUGAAAAAGUACCUGGAAUAGAUUUUACAGUGGAAAUUAUCAGGCAACCAAGGAUUGUUGAAACUACGCAAAGGAAAUUGUCCUUUAAAAGGACAAAUGCAAGGAAACCCUCAAUGAGACCCAGAAAUUUGACAGAAGUCCUCCUAAAUACACACCACUUGGACUACUUCAAGGAGUUCCUCAGAGAACGGAAGGCUGACAGCCCAUUGCAAUUCUUGUUAGCCAUCCAGAAGAUCAGUGUUGAGACCAAUGAAAAGCUUUACAAGUCUCUCCUUGAAAAUGUAAUCCGGACUUUUUUCCAUGGCAGAGUCUCUGCUGAAGAAUUGCUGCAGUGCAAUGCUCCUAUCAUCAAAGAAAUCUCUCACAUGCGUCAAGUCAGCACAACCACAUUGUUAACGGUCCAGGGCUAUGUCAUGAAAUCUCUGGAAGAAAAGUGGUUUAAAGAUUACCAAGACCUGUUCCCAUUGCGUCCUCUGGAGGUGGAAACUGAAGUGCAAGCUUCCCCAAGGAAGCCCUCAAGGACAGCAACAACGUACCUACAGGGAUCACAGAAGAGAGCCUGGCUGAAAAUGGUCAGCUUUAUCAAGAGCUUUUGCAAGUACCGCAGAUAUAUGUUGGAUCAUGAUAAGCGCCAGGAAUUUGAAGACUAUCUUUAUGUGGAACUGCACAAUAACAAGGAAAAUUUCUCUGUACCAGUAAAUGUACCAGGACGCCCAGGCACAGUCCCCCCUAACGUCCGGAGCACAGACCACGAGAAUGGAGAAGUAACACUUAUAAAGCGCCGUAUAUUUGGCCACAAGAUUAUUACCGUCAACUUUUUGGUCAAUGAUAUAUAUUUCUUUUCUGAAAUGGAAAAAUUUAACAAUCUGGUGAGUUCAUCUCAAGUGCUGCAGGCCAACCGAGCAUACAAUGAAAAUGACGUGAUCCUAAUGAAAUCCAAAAUUAACAUCAUCCUAAAGCUCUAUCUGCAAUCUGAGGUCCCUCCAAGACUCAGGGUGAAUAUCUCUGAGGCCCAGAAGGAAGCCAUCCUUGCUGCCAUUUUGGAGGGGCACCUAGAUCGGAGCAUCUUCCAUGGGGCUAUCAUGUCUAUCUUCCCCACCAUUAUGUACUUCUGGAAAAGGUUUUGUUCUUGGAAGGCAACCCAAUAUUACUUACAGUCCAGGAGGAAGAAGUUUAAGGAUAAAAAAUAUCCUCCUAAACCUAUAUUCAAGUCCCCUCCUUGGAGCGGAGGAGACCAUGCUGUCCUGAGGUUCACCCUUCUCAGAGGUAUUGAGUGGUUGCGCCCUCAGCAGCGAGAAGUGGCAGCAAGUCCAGUGGUCCAAAACUGCCUCUUGUACUCUUCUUAA